AUGCAUAGGGAUAGAGACAGUAACGCUGAGGAGGUGAAUCGACGAGACUCGCAGAUGCGAGAACGUCAAAGGGCACAAAAUCGCCUUGCUCAAAGAAAAUUGCGGUUGAGCCGAACCAGACUCCUGGAAUCAACCCAGCAGCAAACGCAACACGGCUCGGAUCCGAUCACAAAUAAUGCAACAACUUCAGCCCUAAAGAAGAGUGACAUUCCGUCCAGCCAAGAAAAGAGUUUGCCCAUGCAAAACUACAAAUUACAGACACCACCCAUCGACCAUGAUUCAUAUCUUAGCGACGCACAACCCCAACAGACUUUCAUAGGUUUGUAUGAACCCUCUGAAUCGAAUAUCAUAAAUGAAUACGACGUCAGUAUAUGGAACGGUGAAGCGCUGUCGCCACUACCAACAUAUCCAUUUGCGGGUCAGGGCACGGAAGCUGCGUGUAUGCCACUACAUCCCUAUCCGAAUAUCAGCAAUUCAUGGCAAGAUCGCAGUUUGGUGGUUGAUGACCCACAUCGGCAGCCUUCUAUUUGGAUAAUACCUUCAGAAAACCAUUCCAUUUCCUAUAACUCAAAGACGAGCUCGUGCGAAACCAUGAUAAGCCCGCCCACCGCCGAGCCGUAUUCUAUCAAAGAGCAUAUUGAACCACAAUCGAAGAUCCACGAGAGCCUUAUAUCUCUAUCGAGCCCAGAAAUGUUACAGGCACAACAGGAGCAGGAUAUACCAACGAACAACUUAAAGGUCGCGCCGAUAGAAACAAAGUAUAAUUCAAAAUGCCAACCCAGUCCAGUAGGUAAAACCACAUUGCAUUUGGCAGCCGAAGAGGGUCACGGUGCGAUUGUGAAGUGCCUGUUGGAAUUUGGAGCAGAAAUCGAUGCAGUCGACGGAUCUGGAUCGACGGCUUUACUUAAUGCUGUGAGAAGUGGAUGUCGAGAUGUCGUAGCUAUGCUGCUUGAUAAAGGCGCAAGUACAACCGCGAGAGACAAUGAAGGCUGGACAGCACAACAUUUAGCGGGUAUCAACGGUUUUGAAGAUAUUAUUAGGCUUCUGAUACGGAAAGGAGUGGAUUUGAACGCCAAAGUUGAAGCUAAAGGUCCUUUCUCAUAA